GCUGAAGUUACAGAUAUCUUGAGCAUCAAAACAACAAAGUUGACGGAGCGGCUGGCCGCGUUUAGUCGGACGGGGUUUGCUGAGUCGGGCGCUUUUAGGGUCUUUCAGCUCCAGCUGUUUUUGUUUUUUGUCAAGAUUUGGGAUGGACGUGCUGAAAUCGGCCGGAAGAGCUCUGCGCAGUCCGAGUCUCAGCAAACACCACAAGCUUCCUGAGAACUGGACAGACACCAGAGAGACCCUCAUUGAGGGCAUGACCUUCAACCUACGGCUUUUGGGAAUGACUCUUGUGGACCAGCCAAAAGGUGAAGAUCUGUCAGCUGCUGCUGUCAAGAGGAUUGUUGCUACGGCUAAAGCCAGUGGAAAGAAGCUCCCCAAGGUGGUCCUGAAGGUCAGCCCUCAGGGAAUCCUGCUUUACGACAGUGUGUCUAAUCAACUGAUAGAGAGCGUCUCUAUAUACAGAAUAUCGUAUUGCACUGCAGACAAAAUGCAUGACAAGGUGUUUGCUUACAUCGCCCAGAACCAACAAAAUGAAACACUGGAGUGCCACGCGUUCCUCUGUGCCAAGAGGAAAGUGGCCCAGGCUGUAACACUGACCGUAGCUCAAGCCUUCAGAGUGGCCUUCGAGUACUGGCAGCACGCCAAAGAAGAGAAAGAACAGGAAGUAAAGUCAGGUACAGAGACAAGUAAUAGUACACAGCCUGACACAUCAGAGAGCACUGUCAGCCUGAAAGGAACAGACGCAGCAACAGGAAACCUGUUGGAUAUCGAUGACGGCCCCAUGGUGCUUGUGGAAAAUAUUGACAACCAGGAAAGCCAUGUGGGCAACCACAAUGAGCCUGAAAACAACAACACCAUCUGGGAGUUAGAUGAUGGUCUGGAUGAGGCCUUUUCAAGACUUGCCGAGUCCCGUACUAACCCCCAGGUCCUGGACAUUAGGCUGACCCCUCUGGGCUGCAGCUCAGAUCCAGAAAAUGACAAGGCCAAUGGUAACAUGCCCAACACUGACAACCUCUUUUGCCUCUGAGAGCGGAUUGUAAGGAUAUAACUGGACGCAUCAAGAAACUGGUUAAAUAGUAAAAGAAACUGGCCACAAUGAAAUGGACUGUCCACUCCAGCCUUCCUGACCAAGGCAAGCACUCAAAAAACCAAAGCAAUAUAGUGUGAUCUUCAAAACUUAUUUUGUGCUGUACUCAGCUUAGAGCUAACUGUAUGUCCAAAAGUUUGUAGACAUCUGAAAUUAAGGGCAUAAAUAGGGGUUUGUCCUCCCUUUGCUGCAGUAACAGCCUCUACUCUUCUGGGAAGGCUUUACACUAGGUUUUAGAACAUUGCUGUGAGGAUUGAGGAUGCUGUGAGCACUGAUGUUGGAUGAUUAGUUCUGGAUUACAUACCCCACUCCAACUCAUCCCAAAGGUACUGGAUAGAGCUCUGUCAUUCCAGACAAUGCAGUUUCACUGCUCCACAGCCCAAUACUGGCCUUACGCUCAUGCGUGGCUGCUCCAGAGCAUCCCGUUCUCUUGGUCAGUGCUUUUCUGUGGAGGUUAAGCUGUGUGUGCUCAGCUGAACCACCUUGCCCAGAUGUAGUUGAUAAGACCAAGUCCAAAUUUUGCCUCUUUAGUUUAGUGCU